GCAUGCAUUACAUGUGGAUGACGAAAUGCUCACUUCUCAGAUGGGACAUUCACUACCUAGUAUGGCACCACCACCCCACCAACAGGUGUCCAAUAUGAGCGAUAAGCAGCGCACUGAAAUGCUUGCUGUUCCAACGAAGAAAGCGAAAGGUCUGGAAGAAGCCGCUGCCUAUCAGCUGGAAUAUCAGCACUAUCAAUCCUUUAUGUAUGCCCACUGUGCACAGCAGCAAAGGAUCGGCUCAAUGUCAGCGUUUAGACCGUGGGCACCGAAAUCUUUCCUACAUCCGGCUGCUCCUUAUAACGCGAUAACAGCAUUCUCCACACUACCCUAUUUAAGUCAAGAGCCACCAGUGUUGCAAAAUCCCGAAAGAGUAGUGCGUAGCACAGAUCGUGAACGUUUCGAACGCACCUACCAGCCAAAUGUAGCUCUUGUGCCACGAAAAUGCGUAUUGGUGAAGGAUAGGGAAAAGGAGCACCGCGAGUAUAGAGAACGAGAAAGAGAAAGAGAUCGCGAACGCAUUGAACGAGAACGAGAACGAGAUCAGGAGCGUUCAAGAGAACGAGAGAAACGUGAACAACAUGAACUCGAGAGGGGUCGAAGAGAACGAGAAAUACAGCAGUUGCAGCAGCAACAUUUACUGCAACAACAAACUAUGCAUCAGCAACAAAAAUCUGUACAAGAACUGCAAGAGCAAGUGUCAUUGUCAAGUUUGUGCCCAACUGAACUGAAAAUAAAACAAGAACGUGCCAAUACACCAAACGAGAUACCGCAGUCGCCACCGCUUAUUAAUACCAGCGGAGGUGACGAGGAUCCUCCCGAUUGCCGUAUUAAUAUACCCAUUAGCGAUAAUUCCGCGAAUUUGCCAAUGGUUUCGCCUAUAUCGCUGACGAUGAGCCAACAACAACGAAAAAUGCUAAGCAAUAACAAUAGCAGCAGUAAUAGCAAUAGUAAUGGCAGCAGUUGUCAUAGCGAUGCAGACGUUAUGCUUCAACAACAGCAGCAGCUUCAAGAGCAUCAGCAGCAAUUGCAACCUCGACGUCAUUCACUUUAUACCUCAAACUCUUCUGCUAGUUCAACAUCGUCGACGGCAUCUACGACGCCUCCACAACAACAAUUACUGCCUGCUCACCUGCCCCCUUCAAAACAAUACCAACAAGAUCACAAGCAUGCCCAAACCUUGGUGCAUCAGGAGCAGCAAACUCGUUUAGGACAAUCGCCACGCACGUGCCCUCUCUCUCCAACAGAUUCACACAGUUCUCAAGAAUUUUCUGGUUCGAACGAGAUCACAUCUUCCACAUCACCUGCCCCAUGCAACGAAAGCAAACAUAUUAGCGGCGACAAUGGACCGCACUACCAUCAUAGACGAGAAAUCGGCCGAGAUCAACCACUUAUUGCUACGGUGAAUCAGCAUGCAAAGCUUCUGCCAUCACCAUUAUCAACAAAUUUUACUGCCAACAACAAUAGCAACCACAACGAAUUGCAUAGCCGAAUUCGGAUAAGCAAAAACUUAAUCAAUCGGUCGAAUAUAAUGAGAUCGCCAACACCUCCACCAUCACUACCUCCAACAGCUGCAUUGUCCCAACUUCAUACGCAACAAGAGCCCAAUCACACACCACAACAACAACAGCUACAACCCCAACUGCAAAUAUUGCAACAGCAUCAGCAACAGUACGAAUUUUAUAAGCACAAUCAGCGAGCUUACGAUCAACAACGUCAGCAGCAACAACACCAGGCGCUAUCAACAAUACAACACCAACACAUCCUCAUCCGCUCUCAACCAAAUUUGCAGCAUGUAAAACAUUCGCCUUCACAGUCUUCCACUACCGCAGGGUUAAAUUUGAGCACCAACUCCACAAAAAUUCUAAUGCGGACAGAUGUGACGGAUGCACAAAAUCAGCAAGAAUCCCAACUUCAAAGCUCAUACAACGGACUGCCGUACGUCGGCUCCGAGUUCGAGCUGUCCACGGAUACUGACGAUGACAGUGUGAAUGGAGAGGCGGAUAGCAGCAAUAUUUUAGCACCUUGGGAUAUGGCUGUUGAAGCACUCCGUGAUACCGGACCCAAGGAACGAGAUCGAGUACUCGGUCUGUUACGGAAAGUUUUACACGAAAACCAACAAUUACGUUAUAGCAACCUUCAACUCAGCGAAAUGACACACAAACGUGACGUAAUGAUCAGAGAACUUCGAGAACAGCUACGAGCGUGUCGACACCAUUUGCAAAUUCUCAGUUUACAAGAGCCCCCCAUUCAAUCCAAUGGCUUGGAUAACCAAGAAGGUCUUCAAGAUGACAAGAUUCGCAGCUUACCAUUGAAAAAAUCAUUAACGAUCAUAGACGAGAACGAUUUUGUAAACACCUGUCUAACCAAAGAAACUGACGUCGGUGAAAAUGAUAAUAACUUAGUGAAAGUGAAUAGUCAGUCAAAGUUAUAUGAGAGAAAGAAAAGCAUUCAGUCAGAAAAUGAUCAAUUCAGCAAUAAUGUAGAUGAACAGGAAGCUCUUUGCAACAAUAAGGAAAACGAUUAUGAUCACGAUAAUGUUAGUGAUAAGGAAAGUGAAAAGGACGAUAAUGCUGUUAAUACCGUAGAUCAUAUCCGAAGUAACGCCAACAUCGAAGAAAGUGUUGAUGAAACAGCGAGCAAAAAUGAUGUUAACGAAAUUGAUAUAGAUAAACAGCCACAAGCGAAGCGUUCUAGAAUCGAAAGUGGCAGUGAAAGCAGUGACAGCUUAAGCCGGACAUAUGCAAUAAACAAAGAAAACAUAGGCCAUUUAGCAGAACAUACAUCACAAGGAACUGAUCAUGAUCCCAAUUUCGAUUCGGAAGACGAAGCGCCGUUGUCGGAUUACGGCAACGAGUGCUCAAAAAAUAAAAAUAAAGUAUACACGCAAAUAAGCAACGCUGAUUUGGGUGAUGACGAAGCGGAGGCUUCGCGUUUUACUGUUACAAAUGGUAGCAGCAGUGAUACAAAUACAUCGGAUGAUGACGGAGAUGAAAGCUGCGCACCCUUAACGAGCUCACAAAGGGUAGAGUCAGAUGUUCAAGCACCUCACAGCAGCUCCUUAGGUAUAGUACCGGCAAAAAGUACGCCACUGUCGCCUCAUUCAACCGCAACUGCUGGACAGUUGUUCGACAGCAGCAAUAGUAGUGAUGAAUUAUCAAUGAAGAAAGCCCAAAUGUCAGCAUCUGACGCUCUUGCGAAAAUAUCUGAAUCUGCGGACGAUCGCGACGACUUGGCGAAAGUGAAAGAAAAGACAAAGUUCAACGAAGUUGAAGAAAGGUUUGACGAUGUUCAAGACAGCGCUUGCGAUGAGAUCAAAACUAAUGAUAACCGUGAAAAUGUGAAAUCAGGAACAUUGAACAUUAAAAAAGAGCAAAACUGUACGCGCGAUGGAAGAUUUCUCAACAACUCUAUUCCGUCGUUAAAAUCAAAUGAAGUACAUAAGGCUACAAAAUACGACGACGAAAAAUUCAGCGUCAGUGGUAAGGUUAACAACAAUAACAUAUGUAAGGAGCAGGUGACCCGAACACCUCUCGCCACGAAGGCGAGUAAAAAAGAAACACCGACAACAAACACCGAGUUAUGGGUCAAAGAGGAGAUAAUGUAACCGUUACAAUGCAAUAAGACUGAUAGUCGGCGUGUUCGAAGGGUCUACGAUAAAGUAUAUCAAAGCAGGCUAACAUAAUUAACUCAUUUAUCAUGGUAAUGCGAGAGUACUUUCUUAGUACAAGUGGGGGUACAUACAUAUAUAUACACACCUUUACUCUGCUUCCCUUAUGACGAGUACAAUUCAUAUGUAAUGUAAAUACUCUAAAUACUCACAUAUUUACAUAAUAAGAAUGUUUUUAUGCGCUUCUCUUUUAAUUACAUUUAGCCUACUAUGUAGCAGCUUUCAUGCUAAAAUGCUUCAAAGCUGACCACAAGUUCACAAUGAUAAAGAAUACAGAACUAAAGUGUUACAUUUAUUCAGAUACAUUAAAUAAACGCAUGCAUAUAUGUAUGUAUGUUUGUGUAUUUGGAAUAUUGAAAUAUUUCAAAUUUAUGGACCGAUACAAUUUUUUAAGAAUUCCAAUAUGAAUUUUUUGCUUUCACGAAAUAAUAGUUGGGAAGUCGUUGGAAAAUAGUUAGAUGACAAAAGCUAAUGGUUACUCCAAUCAACUAGAUUCUAAGCAUAGAAAGCAAGUUGAACACAAUGUAAAAAGCUUCAACGCACACCACGUGUGUACUAUAUGUACAUACAUAACAUAAAUAAUACAAAUCGUUUUAUUCGUUUACUGAGUUCUCGUAUACAAACCUUUUGUUCUUAAUGCAAUUGUUAAAAAAAUAUUAAGAACUUCUUCUUUCUUAAACAACUGAAACCCUUUACUGUCAUAUGUAAAAAAAAUAUAUAUUUUUAACCAUGCUUUUGGUAGAUGUCCCGUUUUACGAAUAUGCUCCCCCAGUAAUUUCUUUUAGUUUUUUUAAAACAAACUGUAUUUUCUUGUUAUUCUGUUUAAAGUGCAAAAAAGCAUACAAAAUAUAUAUUUACUGAAACCAAAGCUUUAAAAUGAAUUAAAACAAAAAGUUUAUUUAAGAAACCUACAUAUGUACAUACACAUACAUGUAUACAAAUUAUAAUAUUAAUUCAAUAUCUGUAAGUAGGCCUUUUUUCAUUUACUUUGUACAUAUACAUAUGUAUAGUAAUGUCCGUAGUUAAUUAUUAUUCGUAAAAAGUAUAAUUAGAACCAAACAAUGCAGAAAAAAGCUAUGCAAUACACACAUAAGUAUACUUAAUUACCACUGUUUUCCGAUAACUCCCGCUAUAUUUGAGUUCAAUACGCACGCAUAGCUCUUCCGCAUAUAUGUAUUUGCAUUUUCAUGCAUUGCAUUUUUGUAUGCAAUAUGUAUAAAAUUGUCCAAAAAUCCGGGUUUGUUCUAUGCUGGUGCACACUUAGCCCUUAGAAUUGUUAAAUAUUGAUUAAUAAAGUUGGGUAGAAACUUUACUUCUUCUAACUAUAUUAUUAAUAUACUUAUGUAUUUAUAGUAUAUGAUAUAUGCAUGUAUAUUUGUUUAUUAUGUUUGACACAAAACAAGCCAGAUUAGCCCACCAGUUAAAAUGUAAAUCAGUUUUGAUGGAGAUUGCCUGUUUGUAUAAUCAAAUAAGUUAUCAAUAUAUUUUUAUUAAUUGAAAGGUGAAGUAACAAGUAUACUGCACAUAAUACAUAAAUAUGUUAACUCAAUAUUAUGUUACUCACAAUAUGAAUAUGUACAUACAUACAUAUACAAUUAUUUCAAUUACACAUGUACAAACAACUUUGUUCAGUUCGUUUGACAUUAUUUAAUUGUACAAAAAUUGCUAAUAUUUUUUUAUUUAGUAUUGUUUAUAAUAUUUAUUUUAGCAUUAGAAUGUUAAUAACGCUACAUACGAUUCUGCCUUCCUUUGUGUCUCCUUAGUCACUUUAUCGUUGAUUUUAUUUUUAUAUAUACUUCAAAAAUAUUUUGUUGUCUUAUAAUAUUUUGACCAAAUUAGAAUUUAAAAUUUCAAUAAACUUGAACAAUUCAAUGUGAUUUUGUUUUGUUAAAAAAGCAAAGAAAAACGAAAAUAAAUUGUAACGAUUUUUAAAAUCAAAUAAGUUUGUUAAUAAAAAAUAAAUAGUGAAAUAAUAUGAGAAGCCAUUUAUGUUAAUUAAAAUAAUAAUAACAAUACCAAAAAGGUGCAAAUUACAAUUGCGUACAAGAUAUGCUAUCGGGGUUGAAAUACUGUAAUUCCGAUGAGGAUAUGGUGAUAGCACAACCAAUAUAACCUUCUAAGAAUAAGAUUGAAUAGGUUACCACUUGUGUAAUUUUGUACAUCACUAAAACUCAAACAGAUAAAUACUUAAGUAUGUAAAAUAUCUACUACAAUAAACAUAUAAACAUAACAGUUUUGAAAAUUAAUUAUCUAUUGUCGGCUUGACUGUAAACAUAUAGUUUGUAGAAACGAAAAACAAAAAGCAAGGAUUACAUUACUUUGAAAAGAAAUAUGAAUGAUGACAGUUAAGAAUUUGUGUUAUUGUAAGCUUAAAGAGAAAUUCAAAUUUCUGAAAAUAAAACUACAAUUAUUUGUAAUAAGUUGCGUGUUUCAUUUUUUACUGCUAAAAACUCGAUGGUCAUUAUUCUUCAUUUAACAAAAAGACGAAAAACACCUUUAGCAAUAAAGAGGUGUACUUCGAAAUUUGUGGUAAAUAUUUGAAAAUUAACCAUAAAGAGAGCUCAUAAACUUUAGUCAAAAAACAAAUACAAUUUAUGUGGGGAUAAUACCACAUUAUUCCGUCAGCUCUAAUUCUCUUUAUUGUCAAAGGGAAAAUACGUGAAUAUGUGUACAUACAUAUGUUAUUCUUGAGGAAGUCGAUUUUUUUUUGUUUUCAAAGAUAUAUGCAGAUUUGUAUAGAUAAGUAUGCCUAUUCAUAUAGAUACCUACAUGUGUAUGUAUGGAGUAGAGAUGACAACAUUUUACUUAAAUAUAUUGCGUUGAAGAUUGAUUAAAAAUCUUAUUUAUUGUGAAUAUAUUAGAAACUUGUAUAU